AUGUCUACCACCACCAACGUUCUCAUCACCGGUGUCGCCAGAGGAAUCGGACUCUCCCUUCUAGAAGCUUACCUCUCCCGCCCCGAACACACCGUCAUCGGCACCGUCCGCUCCACCAACUCCCCUAGCACAGCGAGUCUCACCGCGCUCCCAACAGCGCCCAACACGCGCCUCAUCCUCCUCAGCAUCGAAAGCACCUUCGCGUCCGACUACCCCGCUGCCGUGGCGACCCUGCGCGAACAAGGCAUCACGCAUCUUGACCUCGUGAUCGCCAACGCAGGCAUCUGCCCCGACCCGACUCCCCUAGUGAACCUGGACGUCAAGGACGUGAGCAACGCCUUCGUCGUGAACACCGUCGGCCCAAUCCUCCUCUUCCAGGCUGUUCGGGAGCUGUUGGAGAAGAAGGGUCCCGGUGCGAAGUGGGUGUCGAUGUCGACGGGGGCUGCGUCGUUGAGUAAUUUGGUGGUACACCAGGCCCAUGGCGUUGCUGCUUAUGGGAUUUCCAAGGGGGGGAUGAAUUGGUUUACUUUGGCUGUCCAUGCCUCUGAGCAAUGGUUGACUGCGUUCGCAGUGCACCCUGGGUACGUGACUUCCAUUACCUAUCCUACAUCCCAUUUCAUGCCAGCUUCCCAACUCGUGCAAACAGAAAUGGGUAACAAGGGAGCUCAAAUGAUGGGAUUGGAAGAAGCGCCGAAUACCCUAGAAGAAAGCACCAGCAAGACGAUUGCUUUGGAUCAGUCCUCGCGCGAUGACACCGCGAUCUUUAGCGCUCAGGAUUGCCGCUUCAUAGUUCCUGACACCGUCCAGGCUAAGCGGAUCAAGGUGACCAAAUUUCAUCGUGACAACCUCGACCUCAGGGCGAAGAGAAAUAUCGGGGAUAAACGACUUGUAAUAGGGUCGCUCGAGAAGGACCCCGUCACCCUUAUCACAAAACGCCCACGAACAGUGCUCAAUCGCGUGUGA